AUGUCUCUGUUUGUGAAAAGUCUAAGUCAACUAUUAAACAAAGACAAAUCGCUCAAUCCUUCUUUGUCCAAACAGCCUGACCCAUGGCCUGCACCCAGACAAGACGCAAGAGAAGCCCUGGCGUUUGAAGAUGUAGUAACUCAACUAUUCGCUGAAGCUCCGCCAUCUGAAGAAGCAACUCGGCCAUUUACUGAAUCAUUUAUUGAAUUCGGAACAUUGACCCAUACGGCAGAGGAGCCAGCACCUGAAAGCCUUGCAUCUCCUCGGCUCCUCGCUAAAGCGCAGCCAACUGACGACGAGGCGAUCCAGUCUGUUAAUGGCCUAUUCAUAUUACCAGAAGAAGACGGGCAUUUGAAAAAGAUUACUGCGCCGCAAGCGAGGACUCAACCUCUUACUCAACAAUGCGUCCCGGCAGAAGACACAAGUAUUUCAACAGAGGAGUCAAUACGCAAGGAAUUGACAGCUCAACAACGGGCUGAAGCACCGUCACUUCAAGAGUCUGACCAAGAAUCUCAGCCAUUCACUCAACCUUACGUGCUUCUAGUUGAUUCGACUGACACGCCCGAGGCCAUAGAAUCUAUGGAGGCAACUAUACGGAAUAUGAGACCAUCCGACAAGAAAAAAGAGGCCGAGUGCGCUCAAAUUGCCUCUGUACCAUCCGUGCUUUUUAAAUACGGAUAUAGAGCCGAGACAAUCGAGAGUGAGACCAAGAGAGAUGUGGCUGCAAUUCUUCAAUAUACUUACUCCCGCGUGCCUGAUACCCGGCUUAUCAUAUCUCACCGUUCCAAAUAUGUCAAAGGCAGAGAGAUGAGCAGCAGCUCGGCCAUCAUCAGCCCCAAGCAGCCACUCCGCAGCAGAGACACAUUUGGCGUUAUUCAGCGCACGCAAGAUGUGGAUUUCACCAUCGACUUGCUGCAUAGCCACAAUUCUUCUAGGCUCAAUUGCCAAAUCAUCUACCGACCUGACAGCGAUAAUUGUUUCUUGGUCAAUCACACAGGGCAGGACAUGAAUCUUGUGAGCUUGAACUCGGAGGAUCCUUGGAGUGCAUGUGUCGCAAAGGGUUGGUAUACGGUCAUUGUCCCCAGCAUUUUCGAGCUCACUUUAUCAACCCCUAAGAUUGAAGCCAGUGAUGCUUCAUUCUGCGUUGAAAUCAUGCUACUCAAAAAGCAAUUCAACAUCUGCAUUCCAAGGCCGCAUAAUCACGCACCGCAAAAACGGAGUGUUAAUCAUGCUAGAGAUGAGACUACGUCAACAAAGCGACAAAAGCUAAACAAUAGGAAAGCCGAAAGCACCAACUUUCAAUUACAUUUAUCGGCUACUGGCGAUUCAAUCAUCCCAAAAUCUCGUCGUGAUUACGUUGCUCGAAUUGCAGAUCUCAGAGAUGGAGAGACUGCUAUAAUUUCUUCCCUAGCACCUGGUGGAGGUAAAAGCAUUGUGCCCGCUGUUAGAUCUUCAUACCAACUACGGCGGCAUAGUUCAAUUAAUAAAACGGCGUUCUCGCAAGUUUUUACCGCUCGGCACUCUGAAAUAUCAAAAGACUUGGUUGUUAAGACUCCUCGAUCUCAAGAUCCCAUCCAUCUAAUGUUAGCUGUGAAGAUCUGGAAAAGAGAAAAGACUACUCUCGAGAGACUAAAUCAUCCGAAUAUCGUAACACUCAUCGCCUUUGACAGCCGUAUACUCGCACUAUACCUCGAGGAGCUCCCCAAAUCUCUCUUCCGUGGAAGUCUGUCUACAUUCGAGCCACUCAAUGCUUACAAAAUACUGUAUGGCGUUGCAUCUGCCUUGAAAUAUUUAGCCACUCGCCGGAUUGUGCACAAUGAUAUCAAACCCAAGAAUAUUGCUUACUGCCGCAGUCGAGGUGCUGUUCUAUUUGACUUUGGAGCGGCCACGUCGCCUAAAUUUGAACAACCAACAGGUGGAACAGCUUGGUAUAUGCCGCCAGAAUUCAUAGAAACAUCGGCGCGCGGUGCUCCAGGAGAUAUAUGGGCCUUGGGCAUUACAAUGCUUUAUGUGACUGGCAAGAUUCAACAUCCGGAUAGGUCAUCUAAUAACUGGCAUAUCAUCGACACCCGCCAUCAGAUAGAGCCUGCGUACAAAAAGGCGCUUGACUGGCUGCGACUUAUUUCUGACCAAAGAGCGAAACUGGACCAAAAGGAUAAUGUUGAAUCUCUGAUUUACCGAAUGCUCCAACCAGAGCCGAUAUACCGCAUAAAUGCAGCAGCUAUUAUUACCGAGUUACGAUCAGGUACUUUGAAACCCAUUAGACUCGAGUAG